AUGUUUGUUACGGCAUCGAUCCUCCCAGCAUUAGGAGUAAUCACACUCCUCUUGCAAGCAUCCAUCGUAUCAUCCUACCCCAAAACAACUACCUACCCUCUCACAGUUAUCGAUGAAUUCCCUUCUCCGCGCACGUUUGAGAAUAUUGCGACCCGUCACAAUGGCCACCUCAUCGUCACUUCUGUUACGUCUUCAACACUCUACCAAGUCUCCCCAUUUGAAGAACAUGAAGCGGUUACGAUUGCCAAUAUACCUGGGGCAACUGGUCUGCUUGGUAUUGCCGAACUUGAACAAGAUGUUUUCUAUGUUGUAGCAGCAAAUGUCACCACAGUCAGCGCCACCCCUGGUUCAAAUGCCAUUUGGAAGGUCGACCUUCGUGGAUCUGCACCAUGCUCCGCACGGAAUAGAGCCUCAUCUUUGUUUGCAACGACUUCGUUAGUUGCCAACAUUACCAGCGCUCAAUUGCUCAACGGCAUGUCCCGUUUAGAACAAAACAACAACUCAACGCUGCUCAUCGCCGACUCCGCUGCGGGCAAUGUUUUGAAACUCGAUGUCGAAACUGGCGUGUACGAAACCAUCAUCGAUGAGAAAUCAAUGAAACGUUUUGCGACCGGAUUACAGGUUGCCAUCAAUGGCAUCCAUGUUCAUGAAUCCGACUUAUACUUCACCAACUUAAAUCAAGGGAUUUUUGCCAAGAUUCCAAUCGCAUUACGCAACGGUACAGCGAUAGGUCCCACAGAGGUGAUUGUCAAUAAUACAGCCGGUGAUGAUUUCACAAUGUCGAAGGACGGCAGAAAGGCGUGGAUUGCUAUGAAUGGACAGCAUAGUUUGGUUGAGGUUAAUGUACCUGGGAAAACGGCCAGGGUCGUAGUUGAUUCGACCUAUUUGGAAUCAGCCUCCGCGAUUUCGUUUGGAAGGACAAGACUUGAUCGAGAUUGUUUGUACAUUUCGUCUGCAGGAACACUCGACCCUACACUGAGUAAGAAUAGCACUGCUACCGGAGGUAUCGUUGUCAGAGUCGAUCUUCCGUAA